ACACUUCAGCGAAAUGAACCAAAACAAUAGUAGCCAUGGAUUGUCUUUGUAAAUACAUGGUUUAUAUUAAAAUUUCACUUUAAAACCACUGCAAAAUACAUGAAAAAAAAUCUGAAAACAAUAUAUACAUGUUAAUGUAGCCACCGAAGUGUUUUAAUGUAGUUCCAUGAGGUAAAAAUAAAUUUUUAAUUUUAUUUGUAUAGAAAUAAUAAAACGCACUAAGAAUUUAGACAUUACAUCCGGUUCAAGACCCAAGACAAGCCACAAUGGCUAAUUUCUCAGUAGAUCUACUUCUACUGCUUAAAUUUUCAGUCCACGUUUCGCUUCCAUUGUAUCUCCGUUCUGGGUAAAUUUCAUUGCACUAGAAGAUUGAAACAGGCAAUAGUAUAAUUGUAUUAAUAGUAAAUUUAUUUUUAAAGAAUGAUUUUAAUUUAUUUAAAUUUGAAUCGAGUUUAUCAGUCAUAGUGAUAGUUCGAACGAAAUUAGGUUACGAAGAAAUGGGCUAUGUCAUGGGUGGCUGGUGGGUAAAUUCCGGUUAUAGUAUUCAUUUCUACUUAUUUUAUAAACUAUUACAAACUAAGAAGAUUAGACCAAACCUAGAGUCUCAACUGGUUAGGCUUAUAGUUUUUUAAUGGUCUAGACUUAGACUGCAAGUCACAUGGCAAAUUGCCAUAACUUUAUAAUAAUAAUGAUUUUGAUAGUCAUAGUUUAUAAACUAAAUAUUAUAAUGAAUUGAAUAGUUUUAUAGUAAAGGGGGCCUAUGCUAUAAUAUGCCUAAUCCUAUUCCAUACCAAAAAAUAUUAUUAUAAAAUAAAUAGUCUUGAGCCAAAUUGUUAAUAACUUUGAUCGCUAUGAUCUGGGAAGUGACGAAAACCGGGUAUCGUGAUUUCGUUGUCAAAAUGGUGACCUCCACUUGUUAAUUUACCAAGGCCAAGGGUAAUGUUGUUUAGGAUUAUUUUUGCUAAAGUUAGUUUUUUAAUAAAUUCUAUUUCUGCCCUCAACUUAAAGCACACAUGUUUCUUGUUCAUUUCACACUUUCCUUUUAGAAAAAUAUUGAUGGUUUGACUUUGAAAAUUAAUGGUAAAUAGUAGCUAAUUAGACUUAUUCAUAAUUUUUGUGUGGAAAAUAUAAGUUUUAAAAAAAGAAAAUACAAAUGUUAGAUGAAGGCAUAGUUAACAACAUAUACAAAAUUCGUGAGGUUAGGACCAGUGCCUAGGUGAGAAAUUUUUGCACAAAAUUUUUGUCACGUGUCCCAAAAUAACCUAUUAUCGAUAAUGAACAUUUUUGUAGUAAGUAGCUUGAUUUACACUGGAAAUUCAGUACCCACUAAUAAUAUUUUAAAACAAAGCAACCAUUUAAUAGCACUAAUUCCUUUUAUCUGUUGCUUUUAUUUUGAGUGCUGAAGUGGGAUAAAUAGCCCUAUUCUUAUUGUAUUAUGACAACUAAUAGUAUAAAUAAAUAUAUAUAUAUAUAUAUCCAUCCAUCCUAUAAGCUUAGUAUAGUGUAGCCUAUUGUAGCCUAUAGGUCUAGUACCAUCCCAACUUAUUAUUGCAAGACCUAUUAAUAAACAAUUAACAAUUAUAGUUAAUGUUAUUUUAGGCCAUGUACUCAUAUUUUAUUAUUUAAUGGAAAUUAUGAUUCUUCAAUUUUAAAAAAAAAUGUUUAAAAAAAAUAUUCACUUACCUUUGUUAUUGAAAUAUCCUGAAUUCACUCACAAAUCACAAUAUUCCACAAGAAACUUAUAUAAUCCUCAGUAUUCUUUAAGAAAUAACACACUUUUGGAUACAGUAAUCCAAGAAUUUCUUAAGCUUUUACUAAAGAACAAUCAUAAAGGCUUGUACUUACCUCAAGCAAAUGACUAGAACUUAUUUUAAUUUCUAUCAACAACCAAAGUUGAUACGUGUUGUUUUGUGAAACAAGAUUACAAAUUUUUUGGUCAUAUUCUAAUGGGACUAAAAUACAUACAUAGAAAAUGGUAAAAUAAAAAGUAUAAUCGUCAAUUUUAUAUAAAUGAAUCAAAUAAUCCCUGUAUUAUGUGUUUAUACUGAUAAAUAUUAAAGAAUUCCACAGAAACUUUGAAAUUAAUAUCUAAAGAAUAUUAUUAGUAUUAUUAAAUUAGGGAAAUUUAAAAAAUUUACAUUUUAAAAAAAAUAAUUAAUUAAUACAAGUAAGUGACGAGUCAGCAUAUUUGAUUCAUUUUAAUAACGAAGUGGUUAUGCGUAGCCGACUGCAUAUAACCCUGAGAGUAACACGCAGCCGGCAAGUCACAUGAGGUCUACAUUCUUCCUGUAUUACAGUAUCGAUCGAUAAAGGUGUCUUUAUCGGGGGGGGAUGGUCGAAUGGUAUAAACUGAGCAAACCUCAAGUUAGUGGUCCUGAGUUCAAUUCCAGCCAAAGGCCAGUCAUGAAUAUGUGUUAGUUGUUAUGUUUGUUCUUGAGAAUGAAGCAAAAACAGCUAGGCUUAUUUUUUUAUUUUGUUUUGGCUAAAAAAUGUUAAAACAUGAUAAGAAUUAUUAACUUGACCAAUGUAAUGUUAACGAUGUUAUUCUUAUAAUUAUCAAAUAUUAAUAUAUGUUUGUGUUGUUAACAUAUAUUUGUGUUGUGAACUAAUUUUGUGGCAGAUGAAAUCAUGUUUCUCUGGUACAGUAAUAAAUAUAAUCAGGGGUGGAGAGUAGCAGUAAAAAAUAGCUGUAAGGGCAGGGCGUUCUGCAGAGGGGGCACUUUAAGUAAUGCAUUCACACAGUUAUAGUUUUGCAUGGAAGCUGAAAACUGUUACAUUUAGGUCACCAAAAAAAAAAAAAAUCAUAAAUGAUAUAAUUUUAAAAAAAAAUAGAAUGUAUUUCCUGAAUUAGUCAGUAAAACAUAGUCAUAGCAACAUAUAAAAAACCUAAUCAAUCAGAAUACAGAACUAGACUUAGACCAUGGAAAUGCCUUUUAAAAAAUCAUCUACUUAGGCUUAGACUCUAAGAAAUGUAGACUUUGACUUAGACUUAUAAUUAUAAUAUAUAAGAUACAAGAAAUAAUACUAAUAAUAUAACUAAUAUUAAUACUAUUACUAUCAUUCAAUAUUAAUUAAUUCAAUUAAAAUUUUACGUUAAACACAUUCAAAGUUCUAGUUCAAAACAACCCGUCAUGCAGCUCAUUACGCAUAAUACUUUUUUUUUAUUGCCAAAAUAGCUUUAAUAAACCUUAUUUGGCUAAAUUCCCAGCCGACUGCGUAUAACCCUGAGAGUUAUACGCAGUCGGCUGUGAAUAACCCUCGGGGUAUGCGCAGUUGACUGCGUAUAACUCUCAGGGUUAUAGGCAGCCGACUGCGUAUAACGCUUCCCUUUUAAUAAGGAAAAUUAUCAAGAUUAAAAAAAAUUUUUGCGGAAUAAUAACAAAAACUAAAAUUUUAUUUUGUGGCGUUAUUUAGAAGAACGCAUAUUUUAACUGUGUUCCCUGAAAAUAUCAUAUUUUGUCUCAUUUUAUAACAAAGUUAUAGGCAUAGAAACAAUACCAAUAUGAGGGUGACGAAAUGUGGAGGAAAAUCCCAUAGUGAAAAAGGGGUUUUGAGGUCCUUACUAAAAAAUUAAUAACUUUUGAACCACUUGAGCUAGAAAGUUGAUCUUGAUAUCUUGUAAACCAUUAUAUGGGCUCUAUACGGCUGUAGUAUUUUUAUAUUUAAAAAAAAAUUUGAAAUUUUAAUCAAAGUGCCUAUAAUAAGAAUGAAUUUGAAUAUGUUAAAAUUAAAAUAUUUAACAACUUACUUUUCUUUUUCAAUAUUUUCAGGCUUAGAGCCUGUUUUAAUAAAAUGAGUCUACUUUAUACAAUAGUUAUUUAAAAGUAGAUAUGACCUAGUUUUGUUAUAUGCCUAGCCUAUAUAUGACAUGUUUUAAAAUGAUUUUCAUUUAUUUGCAAACUUAGGUCAAAAGAGAGGAGAGACAGUGCCACUGUGGAGACAAAAAAGUUAACCCUACCAGCAAAAAUACACGUCUCAACAAAGUGUUUUCUGUAUUACACCGCACUGGGAAUCUUUUAGACCUAUUUGAGCUUCUUGGAAAAUUUGAUUUAAUAAUGAGUAAACAUCUACAUGUAAGCAUUAGAAUUAGAAUAUAGCUUGCUGUGAAUGGCUUUUUAAAAUCUAAACUCCACUCAUUUAUGAUUCAUCUAACAUUCAUAUCAAAACAAAAUACUAACCAUUUAAGUUUGAUUUUACCAUUUAGUAAACAAUUUAAUCUUGAAAUUUCAGUUUCUGCCUGUUCUGUUGACUAAGAUAUAGCAUAUGGAUGGCAAAUAGGAUAUUAUGAUGAGAUUGAAACUUGCGUCAAGACCUAUGGAUAUGAAGGUGAACCUUUGAGUUUGAGUUUUAUUUCAAUGGUAAGGCUAUUUCAUUUAAUAUUAUAAUAAAUCAUUUUUGUUUUUAGUCAGGUUGACAUGGUUUUUACAUUUAAAUUCUCCAAUUGAAGAUUUUUUUUCCUUAUUACAUAUCAAGACAAUACUGUUUUAGCUCUGCGAGGAAUAAAUAAAGUGGAUAUAUAUUCUAUCACUUAUAACGGUAAACUUUACUUAAGCAAUGAAGAAUUAGUGGUUAUUCUGGUAACUCUUGUUGUUAGAGUUAUUCAGUACUUAUGUUACUCUCAUACAGAUGACACUAAUGAGUAUAACUUGAAUAUCAUAAACUUUAAACUUGCUCACUUUUAUAUCUAAUGUAAGUAUAUUCACGGCAUCCAUCUUAUAGCAUUGUUAAUGCAUCUGGCUGCUUUAAAUUUUAUUAGACUUUCAUUUUGUAUUAUUUUUGUAGACUCAUUUGUCCUCUAUAUUUACAAUAUUUGAAUCAAAACUAUCACUAAAAUCUUAAAAACUUUAUUUUCAUCCUAAUGAUUUCAUCUCUACAAUUCAACAGCAGUCCAGUUUAAUAUACAGCUUGAUGAAUGCCGGUACUCUUGAGUCUCAAGGGACACUCUACAAACUGAUGUCAAGAAAUGAAGAGAUAUGUCCAUCUUGUUGACAAGAAUUUAUCAAGAUUGUUUAUAAUGCAACAGUGGAAUGAGGUAAGUCCCAGUAUACAGUACAACUUGGAAAUAACAGACCUUUAAAUAGCUGUAAUAUUUAAGAAAAUUCACUCAGGAUUUACCUGGAGUAUGCACAAAUUUUACUCUAGUUUCAACAGCAUGAGUUUUAAUAGGUUUAAUUGUGAAUUGUUUACAUGUAGAGAUUAUUCCAUUUUGUAACUACUAGUUAUUGAAAAGAUUUUGUCCACUCUUUGGGCCACUGAUCUAUAUGUAAUUAAAAUUGACAUCAUUUAGACUCUGGCGGUUUUAUAUUCUUAUACUUACAUGCCCUAUUUUAUGAACUGGUACCUGAAGUUGACAAUUUUAGGGUUGCUUUACUUAGGUUGUUAUACAUUUCAACUUACUUUGUUUUAAAUUACCAGUUCCUAUUUUGACGACAAAGUGACCAUGGAUUUUUGUUAAAAAAUUACUUAUUAUAUGUUAAGGAUAUUUUACACAUUCAUUUGUCAUUCUGAUAGGGGAAUGUCUUUAACUUUCAGAGUUCGCCUUCUAAUUUAAUUUCAGUAUUUCUUCAUAGAAUUUUGUCUGGUUACUACCCCACUCCCAAAAAAAAAACUUUUGCAAAAAUAAAUAACUUUAAAAAAAAAAAAAAUCAAAUGCUUUCUUCUAUGAAAUAAGUAGUGGUAAAAAGUUUAAACACCUUUUAUGUGACUUCACCUUUUAAGGUGAUUGGGCUGGGCAUGGACUAAAUAAUUUUGUUAAAACUGGAGUUUAUAAGUCUUACUUGAUGUAUACAGUGAAACCUGGAUUUAAUGGACCUUUUAAAUAGCACUGAUCCUAGCAUAUGCAAUAAAUCACAAAUUUAAAGUUUUGUUAACCUGCAAAAAGCAUAAAUUGUGCGAAAAUUUCAACAGUAUGCAUAAUCAAUGGAAUUUCAUAAAUUUUAUUGUAAAUUGUGUAGACAUAGAAGUCAUAAUUCUAUUUUGUAACUUUUAGCUCUUGAUAAGAUUUUGUCAAUGCUUAGGGCCACUGAUCUAUAUAUGUUGUUAAAAUUAGCAUCAUUUAGGCUUGGAUUUUUCAUAUUUUAUGCCAUAUCUUAUUAACUGGUACCUGAUAUUGACAAAGUCUGGGCUCGCUUUCCUUAAAUGUUUUAAAUGUAAACUGUUUUUUUUAUUUUAAGUUCCUGUUCUGAUGCCAAAGUGAAAUGGAUUAUUAUCCAGAUUGUUUAUAAUGCAAUGAUGGAAUCUUAUUCUAAAGGGUAAGAACAAUAUAUUUUUAUUUUGAAAUAUGACUUUUCUUAAGUAUAUAGUGAUUCCUUACAUGUAAUGGCACUUAGAAUAUUUUAGAGGGGGUGGUGAUAUACUUUUUGUAAUGUAGUGGAAUGUUUUUAGUUUUUAGAUCACCUUCUAACUUAGGUAAUUCUCAAUAUAUUUUUGACUUGUAACCCCUGGUAUAUACUACAGCAAUUGUUUGUAACCUUAUUGCUUGAAUUAUUUUUUUUUUAAAUUGAAAGAAUGUUUUCUUAUUUAAUAUAGGUAGUGCUAGUAUGCGAGGUCAGGUGACAUAGAGUUUUAAAGUUACCUGGUGGGCAAUGGACCACACUGCAAUAUACAUUGUCUUUAUGUAUCUUUAUGUAAACAGUCUAACCUGGAUAUAAUGAACCUUGAAACCGCUCUGCUUGUGACAUAUGCACUAACUCACUAUAUACCAAAAUAUUUUAAAACUUUACUUAGCCUCCAAAUAGCAACCAUUUUGCUUUGUUACCUGUGUAAUGCAUUAUUUACAGGAUUCACUGUUAAUAAUUGUGUAGAGGUCUAUAUCAUAAUUCUUUGCAAAACUAUAAUUGCCUGGUAUUGAAAAAUUUUGGGAAUAGGGCUACUGAUCUAAAUAUGUUAGAAAUUGAAGCUUCUUAUUAAUUUAAAUUCCAUAUUUUAUGAACUUGUACUUUAUAUAGCUUAUUUAAGUUUAUCUUCACUUAGUUUUUUAAAUUUUCAACUUUAAAAUAUUAUAUAUAUUUCAAUUUUCAGUUCCUGUUGUGAUGAUGAUAAAGGCACAUCAACUUAUAUGGGAUCUUGCUAUGUCAAGUUGAAGGGUUUGGCAUUUAUAAAAAAAGGUUUGGCUAAUAACUUUUUUUCCAUUGUGGUAUAAAGCUCGUUGAGUAACUCCCAUUUAUCAAUUCAGCUCAUGUUUGUAGCUUACAAAAAUAGUUGUUUUUUUACUUAGGAAACAAUUUUGAGUUAUAAAUUAUCACCUUUUUUGAAUUCAAUAAUCAUAUUCCCAAUGCAAUAGCUUUCAAUGUGGAAUAUUAUGUAGGCUAAUGCUCUAGUGCAGUGGUUCCCAAACAUUUUGACUCCCAAUCCCAGGGCACUUUUUAUUAUUACUUUCUUUUGUUUUAUAAAUUAUUGGUGUUUAGUAGUAUUAGUAGUAGGAGCAAAGUAUUGGCAGCAACCCCUUCAACAUGCUUUCAGAGCCUGCAAGCCUUAGAACAGCGGUUCUCAAUCUGUAGGUUGCGACUGCUUUUGAGUUAGAGCAACCCUUGCACAGGGGUCGUCUAAGUCCAUCGGGAAACACAUAUUUAAAUUUAUCAAGUUGCAUUGAACAUCAUUUUAAAAUUGGGGGUCACCACAGCACAAUGUACUGUAUUAAAGGGUCGCGUCAUUAGGACGGUUGAGAACUACUGCCUUUAAAGGUUGUAAGCUAUUACUCUAGGGAAAUUUUAAUAAAUAAACUAUUUUAUUUAUACAUAAACAUUACUCAGAACAUCAAUGUGGCCUGUUGUGUUAUAAUCUGUUUUUGUUUCUUUCUCUUUUAGUUUCAUUUUCAAAACGCAGCUAUGCCAGUAUUGUUCGGACAAGUUGAGAUAGCAGUAUUAUAAAGAAAAGUUGAGAUGAGAUGACAGUAGCCUUUGAGUAGAUCAUGCCAAUUUUUGUGGACAUACAGCGGUUGUUUAGGAAGUCUUUAAUCCACCAAUAAAUUCUUCCAUUGACACCUCGGCGCAGCAUUUUCACUAGAAGGCCAAGUCUCCAAACCCUGUCGUAGGCUUGCUUAAUGUCAAGGAAGACAGCCAAUGCGCUUUCCCUAGCUUGGAAGCCAUCUAUAACAUUUUGUGUGAGCCUUAUGACUUGAAGUUAUUGAUAUAGGCCUGAAACUAUUGAUGUGUUCUGGCUUCUUACCCUCUUUUAAAAUGGGUGUGACAAUGGCAUGUUGCCAACUGAUGGGGAUCAUUCCUUCUUCCCAACUUCUGUUUAGUAUUUUAAGGACACAGCUUUUGGCAUUGCUUCUGUGGUGAUCUGACUUUUAAUAUAUUAGUGAGGAGUAUCUCUCGUAUGAGAUCUCCUCUUGGCUCUCUGUCUAGGGAUAUGUUAUUUAAGCCAAAUUACCACACAGACAUAAUAACCUAUCUAUUUACAUAUAGUAUAGACUGAAACGAAGUCUUAGGUAAAGGAGAAAUAACUAUGAGUAUUUAUUGAAUAAUAAUAUUUACAAAAUUCUUUACGCACUCCUGGUGCUUAACACAUAAACAUAAAACGGAUUUUAUCCGAAUUAGAAAUGUAUAUUAAUGCAAAGCAAGUGUCCCUAACAUACAAGCGGUAUCAUCAUAAAAAUGCUAAAUUUGCUCAAGUUCUAUGCUCAAUAUUGGUGGACUUAUCCUUUAUAGUUCUAGUGAUGAUCUCGGUGGAUCACACAGUAAGGGAGUUCCUUCAGUUCUAGAAGCGUGUCCCUGUUCUGAGUUCUAGAAGCGUGUCCCUGUUCCGGCCUUCGGAGCAGUUCUCGGCGCAGCGAAGUCGGAGUUCCCGGUCGUAGAUUCCGUGGAAUGUCCCGCGACAAAUCGUGGUAGUGAGAGUCCCUGAAACUCGAAGUCCUUUUGGUAGCUGGCAGGUAGUUUGGUGUAGGAUGUAGCUCAAUCCCCUAGCGCCAGCUCAAGGUAAGUCGGUCCAGUAAUAGAAACCAGGCUAAAAGCAAAAUGAUACAAAAAUGGAUAAAUAUCCAAGCGAAUAGCCAUAAGCUGAUAAGUCCCGUUCCACUAGCAACGAAUUCAGAUCGAUGUAUGGAAGGUGAUAUAGCUCGUGCAUAUACAUCCAAAUUGGGGAUGGAAUUAUAAGUCUGAUCAUUGUCGGCGUAAGCAGAUCUUGCUUCGCGACAAUGUUGGACCAAGCAAACAUUUCAAUUAAUAAAGUAUGGGACAUGGUAGCAUUAACAAUCAUUAAAAUUAUAGGUACAUGAUAAUGAUAUUCAUAUUGUCUUCUUUUUAAAAGAGACAUGUGCACUUUAGAGCAACUCCUACCAUUCCCGUGAUGGAAUGGCGGCGGGUCGUAGCACGCGGCAAAAGCAAUAAUCGAAUUCAUAAUAUCAAUAUAGAUGAAUAUAGGCAUUAUUAAGCCAUUCAUGUCUAAGUUCACACUGUUUGACGGUGAAACCGCGAAUGGCUCAUUAAAUCAGUCGAGGUUCCUUAGAUGACACGAUCCUACUUGGAUAACUGUGGCAAUUCUAGAGCUAAUACAUGCUUAAUAAUAAUAAUAAUAAUAAUAAGUGGUCUUAUAUAGCGCGGUACCCCGGCCUAGGGCUGGGCUCACCACGCUGUACAUAUAUAGCAAAGAGGCAUAAUCAUAAUAUUAAAAUAAAAUACAUAAAUGAAAUAAAAACAACAUAUAAGCAAAACAACACCAUAGGUAUAUUCAUCCACCCACACCAGAAAUUUUUACAAGGAAACCCAUGUACGUUUAUCGGUUUAUAGGAGGAGAAUCAGUCAGAGUAGUAUAGUUUAAAUAGAUGUGUUUUGAGUGCAGUUUUGAAGGCCUGUGUGGUUGUUAUAUUGCGGAUGUGUAGUGGCAAAGAAUUCCAUUGUUUGGGGGCGCAGAAAGAGAAAGAUCGUUCACCAUAUAAUUUAGUGCGUGUCUUGGGAACGGACAGAAUACGCGAGUCUGCGGAGGAGCGAAGUUGUCGAAGGGGUGAAUAGACAGAAAGAAGUUCAGUUAGAUAGGAAGGGCAGGAAUCCGAGAAAAAGUUGUGACAGAGAAGAGACAGCUUGUAGUCAAUGCGUGCCUGUAUAGGGAGCCAAUGUAGUGAGUGGAGUAGUGGAGUGACGUGAUCGCGUUUUUUUGCCUUAAGAACAAGCCUAGCAGCAGAGUUUUGAACUUUCUGCAGUUUUUCUAUAAAAUGUUUCGGUGAACCUGACAGAAGUGAGUUGCAAUAGUCAAGACGAGAGAGAACAAGAGCACAGACUAGAGUUUUUGUUGCGCUAACUGUCAGGUAGUGGCGGAUGGAGCUGAUCUGACGGAUGGCGGUGUAUGCCGAACGACAAAUGUGAGAGAUAUGUUUAUCGAGAGACAUGUUGUUAGAAAGAAUAUAACCAAGAUUCCUAGCAGAGGGUGUUAAAUGCGGCCAACACAUCGUCCACCGCCAGUAGCCGUGCCUCUGGUGAUUUCAUACCAAGUGCAUUGGCCUAAGGCAUCGUCCAUUGCCAUCACGCCUAGUCUCUGGUACUUCAACCAAUAUAAAUGUGGCUAAAGCAUUGUCCGUCGCCAGCAGCUGUGUCUCUGGCGCUAGCAUAACUUAUACAUGCACCCAGCAAGUCCUCUAUUGCCAGUUGCCUCUGGCACCAUCACACAUUUUGCAUGAGUUAAAAGCAUCGUCCAUUGCCAUGAGCGGUGCCAGCAUACCUUUCAAUUGAGUCUAAUGCAAAGUCCAUCGCCAGUAGUCGUGCCUCUGGUGCCAGCGUACCUUUCAAAUGCGUUUAGCGCAUCGUCCAUUGGUAGUAGCCGUGCCUCUGGGGCCAGCAUACAUCUCUUUUGCAUCUAACUCAUAGUCCAUCACCAGUAGCCGUGACUCUGGUGCCAGCAUCCCUUUUAAAUGCAUCUAACGCAUCGUCCACCGCCAGUAGCCGUGCCCCUGGUGUGUCAUCAUACCUUUUAAAUGCAUCUAACGCAUCGUCCACCGCCAGUAGCCGUGACUCUGGUGUUAGCAUACAAGUCCCAUGGGACCCAAGCAUCGUCCAUUACCAUGAGCCAUGACUCUGGUGCCAACAUUUCACUCAUAGAAUAAACGAAUCGCCCAGUACCAGUAGCCGUGCCUCUGGUGCUAGUGUGCCUAGCAUGUGACCCAACUCACUGUCCUUAACCAGUAGCCGUGGCUCUGGUGUUAGCAUAUAAAUUCCAUGGGACUAUAGCAUCGUCCGCUGUCAUUAGCUGUGACUCUGGUGCCAGCUUACUAUUGUUUAAGGAAAAAGGCAUUUGCCUUGGUAUUAACAAACUUUUGCCCUAUAUUUUCAGAUAAAUAAGAAGUGAAAGAUAGAUGGAGGCAAGCACCUCAACCCGUGCAACGGGUAAGAAGAGAAAGAGAAAAAGGGACUAUAAGGCUAUGAAUGAGAGACAUCGGGCCAAACGUCAAAAAGUCCAACACCCGCGUUUGACUGCGCUCACAGAGCAAGAAGGGUGGAAUAAGAAAUGGGCACGAGUGGUCAGAUUUCACAAAGGUUCUAACGAACAAAUGGUUUCCUCAGAAAGUGACAUAACCCACAAGUCAAUAAAGGCUGAAGCUGGCAGCCUAGUCAUUCUAAAACUCAAUGGCCUUUGGCCGAAAGAAGACUUAUUAAAAGCUGAGAAAGUGGACGUGGCUCUGAUACAAGAGAACUGCCUAAAGAAAAAAUCCAUAAGGAUAGCUAACUACGUUACCCAUACGUGCUCAUGUGAAAAAUGCCACGGACUAAUAACUUUAGUCCAAGAAUCACUGACCACUCGACAGAUCGAGUCUAAGUGGAGAAAACCAAAUACGGAUGCAAUCCACCUACAAGUGUGGAAGAACGGGGUAUCGUACGAUAUUUAUAACAUCUACUCCCCUCCCAAAGAGAUAGUAGACAUGGAAUUUAAUAAUUCUACAUUUAAUAGGACGAUCAUUGGCGGUGACUUCAAUGGUCAAGCUACCCUUUGGGGGUAUAAGCGAGUAAACAAUACCUGCAAGAAACUGCUGGAACUCUGCAACUCGACGAAUCUAAAUAUCUUGCAGAAUAACAUGUCUCCUCCACCAUGCAUCCAUAGUGGUAAUGGCAGAGAGUCACGUCCGGACCUCACCAUAAUCUCGAGUGACAUAAGAAAUAAGUCCAGGUUAAAAAUCCUCAAGGAUAUAGGAAGUGAUCACCUUCCUAUCCUUAUAACGAUUGGCAGGGAUAUCGUAAACGUGAAAGGGCCUCGCCCAAACACUGGAAAUAAAAGAGUGCGAACUGGCAGAAGUUCGAAAGAAUGAAAAACACAUACAACUUCCUCUCAAAUGUCAGGAAAGGUUCCCUAGAUACAAUGUUUGAGAAAUGGUGUGGUGGUGUACUCACUGCGGCUAGACGGUCAAUCCAUGUGGGGAGUAGUAGCCAUAAAAAAGGGACCUACACAAACCCAGAGUUGUGUAAACUCAUAAAAAAGAGACAAUGUGAAAGAAAACGGGUACGAAGAUCAGAGACAACUCUGCGAAAUUACAACUCGCUGUCCAAAGAAAUAAAGAGUCUGUCCACCAAGCUCAAAACAGAGACUUGGCCUAAUAAGUGUAAAAAUCUAGAUCUAAAGAAAGACUCAAAGAAAGUCUGGAGCUUAUUAAAGAACCUCACAGGAGCCGCCACUCCACAAAACCCAAGUCCAAUUCGUUCUAAAAGUGGGAGACUAGCCACCUCCGACUUAGAGAGAGCACAAGUUUUGAAACAGCACUUCGCUGAAUCAAAUAAACAGAAAAAGUGGACCCACGAUGGGAAGAAUCUAGAAAGUGAGUGUUCCAUUCUAGAAAAAUCUCUAACACUAGAUAAAAGCUCGAUCAUGGCAACCAAGCUGAUCCGAAGGGAGUUUGAGAUAGCCUUCAGAAAAUGCAAAAAUGAUACAGCGGGUGGUCCAGAUGGCAUCACUUACAAUAUGCUGAACAGGCUCGGACCUAAGGCAAAAACAGCCCUGUUCAAGCUUAUAUCCCUCUCAUGGGAAACAGGCAAAAUUCCCAAACAAUGGCAAGAAGCAAAACUAACGGCAUUCUUGAAAAAGGGGAAGCCUCCCGACAGCCCUGGGAGUUACAGGCCAGUAUCCUUGACAUCUUGCGCUGGAAAAAUUGCUGAACGCAUAGUGAACAGAAGAUUGUACUGGUUCAUGGAAAGGAAUAAACUGAUAAAUCAUAACCAGUGUGGCUUUCGUAAGAAUAGACAGGCGACGGACCAGAUUAUUAGACUCACUCAGAAUAAUAAAUGGUUACCACAAAAAAGAGAGCACGAUUGGAGUCUUCUUAGAUCUGUCCCAGGCUUACGAUAAGGUCUGGAAGACAGGGCUUAAGCUCAAAAUGCUAAGGCUGGGCAUCUCGGGCAAGAUGUACUGGUGGAUCUGUGACUUCUUAAAAAACAGAUAAAUCAAAACCAAAUUUGGCAACCAAACAUCUAGCAAAGCAAACCUAGAGGAGGGCCUCCCUCAAGGAUCGGCACUGAGUUGCCUCCUUUUUCUGAUUUAUAUCAAUGACUAACCGGAAGUAGUGCAAUCAAAAAUUGCAUUGUUCGCCGACGAUAUUGCCCUUUGGCGAACGGGUCCCAAUAUAGAAGAACUAGAUACUGUCCUACAGACUGACAUGAAUAGGAUUAAGUCAUAUUCCAAAAAGGAAGAAAAUCGAACUGAAUGUAUUGAAGUCUACCUACACCCUCGUUACACUAAGCAGGGAUGCUACGAAAAUUCCUUUUCAGAUCAGCUUCGGCAAGAGGCCACUGAUCAAGUCCGAAAAAGCAAACUACCUAGGGUGCACGUUGGACCCUAAACUCCACCUUCAUAGUCACAUUGAUGACAUGGUAACGAGAGCUAAUGAAAAGCUACAAUGGUGAGGCUGUUGGCGGGCACAAACUGGGGUGCCUCGGCUAGCACAUUAAGAGGCCUUUUCAUUGGUGCAGUCCGGUCAGUACUAGACUACAGUAUGCCUUUCUUAAACAUCGCAAGUGACACGGCACUGCAAUAACUCGAUCUCAUCCAAAACCAUGGCACCAGGCUGAUAUGUGGGACCUUUAAAAGUUGCCCAAUCUCUGCUGGUGAAAUAAUGGCCAACCUUGAACCGCUGAGUGUAAGACGGGACAAGGCAAUGCUCAUGGCACAAGAGAGAUUUCUGAGAUUGGAUGUCUCUGACCCUUUCCAUGAGGUAAUGCUCGACCCACCAGGUACAAGGAUAGGAAAAAAAAUCCUUUUUAAGCCUCUGCACGGAGCUAAAAAAGAAAAUCAUAAUCCCAGAAAAAAGGGGUAAGCUAAAAUCAGUAACAAAACAGAGACCUGACAAUAUGGUGGUCUUCAACCUUCUCAAACAGCCCGAGUCUAACCCAGAAACCCUAAUAAAUAAGCCCAUGAACAUACAUUGACAUGAAAUGAAAAUGCUGGGUAUGGGGUGCACAUUCAGCUACCAGAUGGGACAACCAUUAACAAGUCAGGGGAGUGUAGACGUUUCUAUACAUCCCAGGAAGCCGAACUUAAAGCAUUCAAGGUGGCACUAGAAAUCCUUUACAAUCUAGCCCCCACACUGACUUACAAUUAUCCAAUAAAGAUAUACACGGAUUGCCAAGGCCUCAUCAAAGACCUAGAAGAGCAGGCAACCAAAGUCAAAAUAGCCCAAGUUUACAAAUUAAUAGAAAAGCUGGAUCCUGCAAGCAGGUGACGACUCUCAAUAACUUGGAUAAAAAGUCAUACCAAAUGUGAUGCACACAACAAAGCAGAUAUGUUGGCGAUGAAUGGGUUAAAAAACCCAGGUCCAAACAAAAAAGUGUCGGGGGGCGAAAUGAGGACAUUACUCAAGGCACAAUUCAAAAACGUGUGGCUCAAAGAAUGGUCCGAGAUCAUUCAUGGAAGGAGAGUAUGGACCCACCUUAAGGGCCCGAGUCCCCAGGACCAAUGGUGGUCCUUGAAACGAAGUGAGCAAAUAAUCAUAGCCCAAGCCAGGACGGGCCAUUGUCCAACAAAGGAACACCUGUACUCGCUCAAUAGAAGUAGCAGUAGCCUUUGUAGAUAUUGCAAAAUAGAAAUUGAGAGCAUUGAUCAUAUUAAUACAUGUGCUUCGCUAGCAGGUAAAAGGAGAGAAAUACUUGGCAAUGAAGCCAGUAGACCUAUCCUAAAUAGGCCUCUAAAUGAUUUAAGAAAGAGUGCCAACUACCUAAAAGAUGUCCUAUAGGACGAUUACAAGAAAAAAAAAAAAAUAAUAAAAAAAAUUUUUUUUGCUGGGAAAAGCUGGUAUAAAACUUAAAACUGAUGGAUAGAGAAGACCACUAAGCCGGAGCAAAUUUUGAACAAGCGUCUGCCAAACACGUGGGGCAGCAUCGCAUCUAGUAUCUAGGUAAACAACACAGCCCCGGGAGUAGCCAAGGGCUCAACGCUGAAAGGGGAAGGGGCCUUGGCCCCCAAACCAAUCGGCGGGGAGUAUUCUCCCUGCAACCAAGCAAACAUAAGGUUGAGGCAGCAAUGGUGACAUUCGGACAAGCCCAAAAAUUGUUCAAAGGUGGAUCCCUUGCAAUGGAGUAAGCGAAUCCUGAUAGUAUGAAUCUUGGAACCGGGUUGAGAAUCGGCCAGAAGAGCAGAAAUGCUCGGUGCUGCUGUGUCGGUCAAGUCCAGGUGCCAGCACCAAGACUCGAAAUCAGAGUCAGUCAAUGUGAGUGGAGGUUUAACGCAGGUUCGAAUCCUGCCCCGGCAAAUAAAUAUUCAUUAUUUAUUAAAGUUGACGGCAGUGGGUUAAAUGCCACCCGGUGACCCACUAAACCUAACCACACACGAUUGCCUUUCCACUCAUGUUGUGACCGCAACAAGUUGGUGUUUCUUUUUGAUGUUUUGUAAUUGCUGGUGUUUACAUUAUUUAAAUAUAUUCCAUAUCCUCCUGAGUCCCGAGAGGCAAGUUAGAGUGAAAUCAACUUGACACCUAUUUUAUUGUGCUAUUAGUGAUGCUAAAAAAGACAUUGAAACAAAAAAAUUUGAUUUUGAUAUUUGAUUUAUUUGAUGUGCAGUCCACUGGACAUCGGGAUCCAAAUCAUUUUUUGCCAUACGUAAAAAAACAACAAACAAUUGAUUACAAAACUCAAUCACAAAUGUUGCAGGGUUGAACCUUUUGAUUAUUUCCAUCAAUGUUUUGAUGAACAAUUCUACACAGACA